AUGGCUCCAAUUGCAUUUUCUGACAUCCAAAAGUCUUCCAAUGACUUGUUGAACAAGGACUUUUUCCACUUGUCCUCUGCUGCUGUUGAUGUCAAGUCUACCGCACCAAACGGUGUUGCCUUCACCGUUAAGGGUAAGACUGCCAAGGACAACUCCAUUGCCGCUUCUGUCGACGCCAAGUACGCUGACAAGGCUACUGGUUUGACUUUGACCCAGGGCUGGAACAACGCCAAUGUCUUGAACACCAAGAUUGAAUUGUCUGAGUUGUUGACCCCAGGCUUGAAGGGUGAAUUGGACACCUCUGUGGUUCCAAACGGUGCCAAGAACGCCAAGUUGAACUUCUUCUACCAACAAUCUGCUGUCAACGCCAGAUUGUUCUUCGACUUGCUCAAGGGCCCAAUCGCCACAGCUGACUUGACUGUGGCUCACGAUGGCUUCACUGCAGGUGCUGAAUUGGGCUACGACAUUGCUUCCGCCAAGCUCAACAAGUACUCUGUUGGUGUUGGUUACGCUAACCCAUUGUACACUGUUGGUGUUACUUCCACCUCCAACUUGUCUGUCUUCACUGCCGCUUACUACCACAAGGUUUCCCCAUUGGUUGAGGCUGGUGCUAAGGCCACUUGGGAUUCUGUUAAGUCCUCUGCUGUCAACGUCGAGUUUGCCACCAAGUACAAGUUGGAUGCUACCACCUUCGUCAAGGCUAAGAUUGCUGACUCCGGUUUGACUGCUGUGUCUUACUCUCAAGAAUUGAGACCAGGCGUGAGAUUGGGUCUCGGUGCUUCCUUCGAUGCCUUGAAGUUGGCUGAACCUGUCCACAAGUUGGGUGUCUCUUUGUCUUUCUCUGCUUAA